GAAUAUCUUGGUGGACAAGCCCAAUGAUCAGUCCUCAAGGUGGUCAUCAGAAAGCAAUUACCCUCCCCAGUAUUUGAUUCUGAAACUUGAAAGACCUGCCAUAGUCCAGAGUAUCACAUUUGGCAAAUACGAGAAAACACAUGUCUGCAAUCUAAAGAAGUUUAAAGUCUUUGGUGGGAUGAAUGAGGAAAACAUGACAGAUCUCUUAUCCAGUGGCUUAAAGAAUGAUUAUAACAAAGAAACAUUCACCUUGAAGCAUAAAAUUGAUGAACAGAUGUUCCCCUGUCGAUUCAUUAAGAUAGUUCCACUCUUGUCCUGGGGACCUAGCUUCAAUUUUAGUAUCUGGUAUGUUGAACUUAAUGGCAUUGAUGAUCCAGAUGUGGUCCAGCCGUGCCUCAACUGGUACAGCAAGUACCGUGAACAGGAAGCCAUUCGCCUUUGCCUAAAGCAUUUUCGUCAGCACAACUACACGGAAGCUUUUGAGUCGCUGCAGAAGAAGACCAAGAUUGCUCUGGAGCACCCUAUGUUGACAGACCUGCAUGACAAACUGGUACUGAAGGGAGACUUCGAUGCUUGUGAAGAACUGAUAGAAAAAGCUGUGAAUGAUGGCUUAUUCAAUCAGUAUAUCAGUCAACAAGAAUACAAACCUCGCUGGGGGCAGAUCAUCCCCAAAAGCACCAAAGGGGAUGGGGAAGACAGCCGACCAGGGAUGAGAGGUGGCCAUCAGAUGGUUAUAGAUGUUCAGACAG